AUGGUGGGGAAGCCCCAGCUUCACUACUUCAAUGCAUGGGGCAGAAUGGAGCCCAUCCGGUGGCUCUUGGCUGCAGCUGGAGUGGAGUUUGAAGAGAAAUUUCUAGAACCUGCAGAAGAUUUGGAAAAGUUAAGAAAUGAUGGGUAUUUGAUAUUCCAGCAAGUGCCAAUGGUUGAGAUUGACGGGUUGAAGCUGGUGCAGACCAGAGCCAUUCUCAACUGCAUUGCCAGCAAAUACGACCUCUGUGGGAAAGACACAAAGGAGAGAGCCCUGACUGAUAUGUAUACAGAAGGCAUGGCAGAUUUGUAUGAAAUGAUCCUUCUUCUGCCCUUAUGCCGACCUGAGGAAAAAGAUGCCAAGAUUGCCUCGAUCCAAGAGAAAACAAAAAAUCGCUAUUUCCCUGCCUUCGAAAUAGUGUUAAAGAGCCACGAACAAGACUACCUUGUUGGCAACAAGCUGAGCUGGGCUGACAUUCAGCUGGUGGAACUUCUCUACUUUGUGGAAGAGCUUGACCCCAGCCUUAUCUCCAGCUUCCCUCUGCUGCAGGCCCUGAAAACCAGAAUCAGCAACCUGCCCACAGUGAAGAAGUUUCUGCAACCUGGCAGCCCAAGGAUGCCUCCUACAAAUGUGAAAUCUGUAGAAGCAGCAAGGAAGAUUUUCAAGUUUUAA